AACAAAACGAAUCUUAAUAUUAGCACUUUAUUUCCAGAACUGUUUAGGAAGCAGACAUGGAAUAUCCAGCAGGACAAACUUCACUGUCAUUAAUGUUGUUCAUUUUAACAGUGAGCCGGAUCACUCUUGCUCUCUUGGAUAGAACUGUAGAGGCAAGUUUUCCAUUGCUGUUAAAUCCUCAUCACUCCAGUCCAGCAGAAGCAAGCCGAGUCCUCACCUCCUGUGAUUUUGAAUCUCCUUGUUCCUGGAUCGUGUCCAAUCACAGUGCUCGUGGAGAUUGGUAUAUCACAUCACCUCAGCAACAUUGGAAUGGACAACGGGGUGUCCAACCAGUCACAGAUCACUCGACUGGACAAUCUAAAGGUCACUUCCUGGUUCUGAGGCCUGUCUCUUCCCUGUGGGCUUCUGGGAGUUGCACAUUCCACAUUGCAAGUCCUAUAGUGCAAAACAGUGGCCCACAGUGUCAGCUUCGUCUGGCUUACUUCCAGUCAGAACCGAAAACAGGAAACUUGUCUGUCUCCAUAAAACUCACGGAUUUUGCAAUCGGCAGCCCACUGACUUCAGUCAACAGUGAAAAAUCUGGCAAUAGGGCAUCUUGGGAGGUAUUGGAGGCGUCAAUAGGGAAAAUGGAUGAGCCUUUCCAGGUAACAGUGCAGUACACUUCUUGUAGUGGUCACGACUUUGGACUAUUGGCCAUUGAUUCACUGGAGCUGAAGGACUGUAAUGUGGAAAGCAGACCUUUGAACGAGUUGGCUCCCGAUUGUGUGGAGAACUCAGCCAUUCGCUGUGAUUUGGGAGGCUGUAUAGAUAAAAGCAAAGUGUGUGAUUUCCACAGUGAUUGCCCUCUAGGCGAGGAUGAAGGAUUCAUUUGUGAUACAUUGCCUUUGGGUUCAUACUGUUCAUUUGAGGCAGGAUCCUGUGGCUGGACAGUCUCUGAUAUACAGUUCAAUUGGAACCUGGUCAGUGGAGAACAGUUAUCAAGAAGUUCUUACCUAUUAGGAACAACGCUUCAAAACACUCAAGGACACUUCCUGUUCCUGAAGGUCAGAGGCAGUGCUAAUAGAAAUGAGGCAUUCAUUUACAGCCCUUUUCUUCCUGUGACUCUGUCUAGGCAAGAUUGCCAGUUGCACUUCUCCCUGUAUCUCUAUGGGGAUUUUAACGGCACUGUGCGUCUGUCGGUGGUAGAGAAUGGUACUUCAGAGACUCCUUUAGUUUGGGAGAGGGCUGGACAUUGGAAGGACAGUUGGCAAGAUGUCACUCUACAGAUUACUGACUUGCUUAAUGGGUUCCGUCUGAAAGUGCAUGCCCUGUGGGCUGCCGAAUCAGAAGCUGACAUUGCGUUGGAUGAUGUUUCUUUAAGUGCAUCGUGUUUUGAACAAGAUCUAAAAGCGUUGCUUCUUGGCCAUCAAAAUGAUUUGGACUCCAUCAGCCAGUUAGACUUCCCGAGUCCUCUUCUUGAGCCUUCUGCCUUAGAGGUGUCCCAGAUGACGUGGGUGUUCACCUCAUGCGGAGCCAGCGGACCUCAGGGCCCUACUCAAGCGCAGUGUGAAAGUGCUUAUCGCAACACCAACGUUAGUGUGCUGGUGGGAAAAGAAGGCAAUCUCAGAGGUGUUCAGAUGUGGAAAGUGCCUGCUACCAACAGAUACAAGAUCUCAGCUUAUGGAGCUGCUGGAGGCAAAGGGGCAAAAAACCAUAACAAACGUUCACAUGGUGUCAUCAUUUCAGCCAUCUUCCUGCUCGAGAAAGGGGAAAUCCUUUACCUCCUGAUUGGUCACCAGGGGGAAGAUGCUUGCCCGGGGAGGAACCCUCUGACUCACAAGAUCUGCCUAGGUGAGACUUCUGUGAUCGAAAACAGGUCCAAAGGUGACGGACCUGCUACGGAAUGGGCCGGGGGUGGAGGCGGCGGCGGGGGCGCCACAUUCAUUUUUCAUAUGGAGAACGGGGAGCCAGUGCCUCUGCUCAUAGCAGCAGGUGGAGGAGGGAAGGCCUAUUUGGAGAAGCCUGAGAGCAGUUUGGAUCAGAGCCCUCUGGAACAGUAUGAGAACGACACAAUGGCUUCUGGGGUCAAUGGCAGAACUGGAGCAGCAGGAGCUGGAGGUGGCUGGAAAGACUCCACUACUCACAUGUGGGCAGGGAAAUCUCUGUUUGAAGGGGCAGAAGGUGGCUCACCUUGUCCUCAGGCCUUGUCUAAACUUAGCUGGGCAACUUUCGGUGGGUUUGGAGGAGGAGGAGGAUCCUGUACUUCUGGAGGUGGAGGUGGAGGAUACAGAGGUGGUGAUGUGUCCCGCACUGAUGACCUCACAGCAGAUGGACAGGAUGGCAUUUCUUUUGUCCACCCCUCAGGAGAGCUAUUUCUACAGCCUCUGGCAGUCAUGGAGAGUCAUGGUGAAGCUGCAAUUGAAGUGCAUCUGAACUGCAGCCACUGCCAGACUCAGAGCUGCAAACGUGAUGAAGAUAGCAGGUUCAUCAUCUGCCUGUGUCAUAAUGAUGAGAUUCUUGCUCCUGACAAUGUCAGCUGUAUAGCAGAUUUAAAGGAUUCCAAGGUCGCCGGACACCCGUCCUUGUCUCUGAUAGUAGCAGUGGUGGCGUCGGCUGUGGUGACCGGUGUUGUAUUGACCUGUGCUUGCCUCACUCUCAUAUACUACCGCAAGAAGAACCACCUUCAUGCGGUCCGGGUAUGUUUACAGAGUCCUGAACACAAGCUGAGCAAGAUUCGCUCCUCUAUCAUCAUGACUGACUACAACCCUAACUAUUGUUUUGCUGGAAAAGCUGCAUCACUGUGUGAGCUCAAGGAGGUUCCACGCAAGAACAUCUCCCUUCUCAGGGCUUUAGGGCAUGGUGCAUUUGGGGAAGUGUAUGAAGGUCAGGUUUUGGGAAUGAACGGAGAAAACACUGCCAUGCAGGUUGCUAUCAAGACUCUUCCAGAAAUCUGUUCUGAGCAAGAUGAGAUGGAUUUCCUCAUGGAAGCACUAAUUAUGAGUAAGUUCAACCAUCAGAACAUAGUGCGUUGUAUUGGAGUCAGUCUUCAGAUCUUGCCCAGAUUUAUUCUUUUGGAGCUCAUGACUGGAGGAGACAUGAAGAGCUUUCUCAGACAGAACCGCCCCAGAGCUAAUCAGCAAUCUUCCCUGACGAUGCUGGAGCUGCUACACAUGGCCAGAGACAUUGCAUUUGGCUGCCGAUAUCUGGAGGAGAACCACUUCAUUCAUAGAGACAUCGCUGCACGUAACUGCCUGUUGACUUGUCCUGGUCCAGAGAGAGUGGCCAAAAUUGGAGAUUUCGGGAUGGCUCGUGACAUAUACAGGGCCAGUUACUACAGGAAGGGUGGCCGUGCCAUGCUGCCUGUGAAAUGGAUGCCACCUGAAGCCUUCUUAGAGGGCAUUUUCACUUGCAAGACUGAUACAUGGUCAUUUGGUGUACUGCUGUGGGAGAUAUUCUCCCUGGGCUACAUGCCAUACCCCUGUAGGACCAAUCAAGAGGUGCUGGAGUUUGUGACAAGUGGAGGACGCAUGGAUCCACCUAAGAGUUGCCCAGGACCAGUUUACCGGAUUAUGACACAGUGUUGGCAACACUGCCCAGAACAUCGACCAAACUUUUCAGCUAUUUUAGAGAGGAUCAACUAUUGUACUCAGGAUCCGGAUGUUAUAAAUACGCCCCUGCCAGUGGAGUAUGGGCCAAAUGUGGAUGAAGAGGGCAGCACUGUGAUUCGUCCUGUAGCAUCUGGCAGCGUGACUCCUCUUCUAGUGAGCCGAACAGUGGAUGCACCUGUGCAGCCUGCAAUCUUUACUCCACUCCCUCAGGUCCAGAAAACAAAGCUGUUGUUACAGCGGCCACCCCAAAUGCCUCAGGAGGUGACCAUACUUGAAACUUUGGAACCUAUUUGGGCUGAGCCACCUUCUGCUUCCGGAGCCAGCUCGAGCUCCUGGUUGCAGGUCCCAGAGCACCAACCAUGUUCCAGAUCUAGGUCCUCCUCAGGAAGCCAAAAACUAAAGAACAACACCAAGAAUCUUUGGAACCCUACUUAUGGUUCGUGGAUUCUGGAGAGCUUUGGAAGGACAGCCCUUUCUCACACCCAAUCCGUGCCUUUGUCCAGUACCCCCACUGCUCCUUCUCAUUUUACCUCAACCUCAGAAUAUACUGACUCUGCAACUGAAGCUGAUGCGUCACCAUGCUCAAAUUCAUCACCAGCUCCCUCUCAGAUGAGUUUGAGUACUCCUGGAUCUUUGAGUCUUGCAUUACGAAAAGGUCCAGCUGGGGCUGUAGGGGGAUCACUUGCUGCUGUCAUGGACUUGGCUAAGCUCCAGAGCUUCCCUUGUGGCAAUGUAAAUUAUGCGUAUGAUGAGCAGAGCUAUGAAGCUGAGAGUCUACCCCUAGUAGUUGCCAGAUCUCCAAAACCCAGCAGUAGUGCUGCAGCUAGCUCCUCUCUAACAGCACUGGGCCCUGCUUUCUCUGUUACCCACAAACCACUGGUCAAGCGCCACGCCAGCUACGGACAUGAAGACAUCAGGAGGCAUACCAAGGCUGAGAAACCCACACGAGACAGAGACUCUGGCUUCUCGUUAUCAGAAGAUCUUAGCGUUACUCCUGUGUAGCACUUACAGAUGCUGGACUAAACCUAGAUACGGUAUAAUAACGGAAAAAUAUCGUAGCUCACUUCAUUCAGGUUGCGUCACCUAGAACUAAAAAAAUUGGGAGGGCAGCGACACACUUGUGGCGCCAAAAUAAUAGAAAACCUGAUGGCCAUUCCAUUAUUAUUUUUUUGUGUGAACUAUACUGUAUGAAUGGGUAAUGAAUGGGUAAGCACUUUGUGCAUAUAUUACAGAAAAGUUAAAACAUUACUGGAGGGCAUUACAUCCACUCUGAUUAGUGACAUCAUUAAUCAACCCGCUACUCACAAACUAUAGAGAAUAUAGAAUAUGUGUUCAGCAAGUCUUACAGGCACUACAAAUCUACGUCUGAGUGCCAUCAUAGAGUGAGUUUUUCAGAACAUCGUGAAUGUUGUAUGUGUAGGUAAUUAUGAGUUUUUCUUUUAAUGAUCUAAGUGAGAUUUUGGCCAUUUUGUCAUUUUAGUUGAAACGUAAAACAGUAAUCUGAACUUGAAAAAUAUAAGGAACAUUAGCUAUGGUUUUUUUUUUAUUUGUAUUAGAUUCUGUAGUAGAUUCUGCUUUGGUUUCCAGUUUCGAUUCACUAGGCUGUCCUUCUGUCUUCUGUCUACUAAGAGGGAUUUGGUAUCAUUCACAUGUUCAACAUCUUUAUGGAAAGAUCCUGAUGUGUACAGCAUGCAGAAGAAUUUAGGGCUACACAGUUUAGGCAAGUAGUCUGAGUGCUAAUACUGGUGUUAAUUCUGGUGUUAAAACUGGUAUUAAUAAUGGUGUUCACACUGGUGUUAAUUUUUGUGUUAAUUCUGGUGUUUGUACUGGUUUUAAAUCUAGUGUUAAUAUUAUUAAUUCUGGUGCUAAUACUGGUGUUCAUACUGGUUUUAAUUGUGGUGUUGAUUCUGGUUUAAGUCUGGUGUCAAUACUGG